UGACCGACCAACCCGACCGACCGACCACGCUUAAAAAAUUCGUGAACUUACCUCUCGACGGCAUCGACGGAACCGGAAAAUGUAUUGCUCCUAGCAGUUUCAAAUCAAAACAAAGUCAAAAAGAGUGGUCUGUCCUUUGAAGUAUCAUCAAUCAUCAAACCAAUCAACGAGCAGUGUGUGCUUAGGAGCUAAUUUCUUUGAUGUAUAUGUCACAUUGGCCCAUAUAUUUGAUUGAAAAUGACUGACGACAGCAACUAUUAUUUUUCAUCGGUUGGGAAACUACUUCAACGACGUGCCAAAAAAACAAAACUAUUUUGGUUAAGUUGUGUUCCAUCCAGGAAACAUUUGAAGAAAUCUUUGUCAACUGUUCGUGAUGGCCAGACUCAAACUACGCCAACAUUUCAUAAGGCGUUCAGUGCUGGCACAAUCAUUAGAGCUGCUGAGGAAUUACAAGUUUCUCCGGAGUCUUGUGUUGUUGAUAGCUCUAGGAACAUAUUAGAUUCUGAUUCAGAUGUUUUUAUGGCCUCUUUUGACUCAUUUGACAAUCCUGAGGAAGUCAGAGAGAUGACAAAUAGUAUCGGACGAACCCAAUCAAAUGGUAACUGUCACUGCUUGGAGAGGGAUGAGUUGUGCAAGUGGCGGCAGCAGGAAAGUGCAAUCAUGGAUAAACUAAGUGACUUGCAACUGGAAAUCAACCAGUUGCGUGCAACUGUCAGCUCACUAAAAUCAGGUGAAAAAGAUGUAGCUUUGAAAUCAGAUCAAAGUUUAUUUUCUGUACCACCGCCGCCACCACCAAUGCCUCCUCCCCCUCCGCCACCAUUCCCGUCUCCUGUUUUUCAUCAUUCAAUGUCUCUAACACUUCCACGUAGGAGACAAUCGGUACCAAAAAUGCAUUCCGAUGAGAUGAUGCAGGACAGAGGAAAACCAAUUAUUACAUUGGAGGAACUUCAAAAUGUGAAACUAAGACACGUUUCUAGUGUUGCCAAUAUCUGUUAAAGACUUUAAUGACUUUAUCAUGAGUCUAGCUAUUAAUUACUGUGCAACUGCAUUCUUGUGACAAAUCAGUAAUGCUGUUUUGACUUGUAUCAAUAAUUAAGUGAUAGUAAAAUUUUUAAGUCUUUCGAAAAUACUGGCAUAUUUUCAGUUCUGGACAAACUGUACUUUGUUAAAAUUGUUUUUGAUGCAUGGAUGUAUUGUAUGCCUUUUAUUUCAAUUUAAUUAGUGUUUAUUUUUAAGUUUCUUUUCCAUGUGACAUGAAUUUAGUUCUUAUCCACCAUAUUGACUGGACAGAAUUCAGCAAUUAAAUAGUAUUUCUAAUUUUA